AUGCUCCGCGUGCGGUGCCUCAGCGGCGAGCUGUGCCUGGAGGCGAAGGCUGCGUGGCCGGGGUGGACAGUGGCGCGACUCGGGGAGGAGCUGCGGCCUGCGGUGCCCGAGCCGCAGCAGCGGCUGUGGCUGGCAGGCCGAGAGCUUGCCAGCUCCGAGACCUUGGGAGACCUCGCGGCCCACGGCGAGCUGGAGCUUACGCUCAUCAGGCGCCCGCCGGAGCAGGCGGCGUGGCUGGGGCGCGUGGCCUCGCGCCCUUUGGAGCUCCAGUGGGCGCCGGAGGCCAUCCAAGCGGACCGCGAGGUGGUCCUCAGCGCUGUGGAGCAGCGAGGGGACGCCCUGCAGUUCGCCGACGAAGAGCUGCGGGGGGACGAGGAUCUGGUGCUUUGCGCGCUGAAGUGGAGCCCCCAGGUCCUCGCCUUUGCCUCGCCUCUCACUGCGAACCGGGCCUUCGCGCUGCGUGCGGUGAAAGCGGAUGGACGGGCGCUAGAGUUUUUGGAUGAGAGCAUCAGAGCGGACCGCGAGGUUGUGCUGGCUGCUGUCAGCCAAUUUGGCUUUAUGCUGGAGCACGCCUCCAGCAGCCUCCGGGCGGACCCGCAGAUUGUGCUAGCGACCGUAAGGCAGACCGGCAUCGCACUCCAGUUUGCUUCCCAGGAGAUGUGCGAAGACCGCAGCAUUGCCUUGGCAGCGGUAAAGCAAAACGGCUUGGCCUUGGAGUUCACUCGCCUGCGGGACGACCGCGAGGUGGUCAUUGCCGCUGUUGGGCAGGACGGCUUCGCCCUGCCUUUGGCUGCCAAAGAGCUGCACGCGGACCGUGAGGUGGUGCUGGCAGCGGUCAAGAAGCAGGGCAGUAUGCUAGAGUUUGCCUCAGAAGCCCUCCGUGGAGAUCGAGAAGUGGUCGAAUCAGCAGUCAGGACCUCCGGCGCGGCGCUGCGCUUCGCCUCCGAGCCGCUGCGUGCGGACCGGGAUAUUGUGCUGCUCGCUGUGGCGCAGAAUGGCUCCAUGUUGGAGCACGCAGCCAGCCAGCUGCGGAGCGAUCGCCAGGUGGUGCUUUGCGCCCUGCGGUCCGCUGGCCGCGUGUUGCGUUACGCUGCGCAGCUGAAGGCCAGCGUGGACGUGCUGGUGCCGCUGCUGGAGCACCACGCCACCGUGCUGCGCUCCGCCCUGUGCGACGCGGAGGCGCUGGAGGUGGCGCGGCAGAGCCUGGAGCGAACGCUGCUGGAGGGGGCGCUCGAGUUGAAGGAGGACCCUGAUGUUCUUCUGGCGAUGAUGAAGCAGCACAGCGGCAUCUUGCAGCUUGCGGCGCCCAGUGUUCGCGCCAGCAAGGAUGUGGUGCUGCAGGCGGUGCAGCAGCAGGGCCUCACGCUGCGCUUCGCCGCCACGCAGCUGCGGAAGGACCGGGAGGUGGUCGAAGCUGCGGUAGCGCAGAACGGCCUGGCGUUGGAAUUCGCGAGCACGGAGCUGCGGGGCGAUCGGGCCUUGGUGCGGCGGGCACUGCAGCAGGACGGCCAGGCGCUGCAGUAUGCCGCUGAACACCUGAGAAGGGACCGAGAGCUGGUUGCAGCAGCUAUCGAAGAGGACGCGUUGGCCUGUGCGCCCUUGCUGCCGGCACGGGGCCCAACCAUGGCUGAAGGCCCAAGGGAGUGCCUGGCGGCGGCCUUGGAGCCCCGUGAGGAACCCAUGACACCCAAAUUUACAAUCACGAGGUUGAUCCUAGGUGUUACACUGCAAUGCCACGUGCGCGCUGUGCUUGUGGUGGACUGCAGCCCAGAUAUUCGCAGCGAAGGCAGCCAAGCCGCAAGCGCCGCGCGGAGAGAUGUGAAGCGCCACAUGCGCCGCAGCUUCGAGGGUGCAGGAAUCACGCUCGCCACUGCCACGCCGGAGACGAAAGUACAGGGAGUACUUGGCAGGGCCGAAGCGGAGGCAAAGAAGCUGGACGAUGCCAAGGAGAUGGCCUUGGCUUCCCGCGAGGCCAAGGAAGAUGCCUUGAUGGCGGAAACGACUGCCAGCAGCGUGGAGGAGGGCAGACACUCAGAUGCGAGCGCGAAAGACGACGCCGAGGAAGAGGAGGACGCUGAGGGCGAGGACGACAAGUCUGAUCCGGAUUCAGAAGCUGGACGGGGCACCGAGCAGCCUUUUGGUUGCACGUGGAGGGCGAGCUCUCAGACGCGAAGAGUGCGAGUGAGGACGAUGCUGCGGAGGAAGAGGAGGACGCUGAGGGUGCCCAAGACCAGUCUGAUCAGGAUUCAGCAGCUGAAGAGGCAACCGAGCAGUCUUCCAGUGAGGACGAGGCACCCCCGCCGCCGCCCGCCAGGCGGCACAAGAGAAGUGCGCGUGACAAGGAGGAGCGGAGGCGAGCUUCGUCACGCUCCCGCCGCGCGCGGGCCCGCUCCCGCUCGGCCCGCGCCCGCUCCCGCUCCGAGCCGCGCCGCCGCCACGUCAGCCGCAGCCCUGUGA